GAGCUGGUAGGAAUGAAAGCUUACUUCGAGUUGGAGGAGCAGGUUAGGCUACAGUCGCGACUCGCGAACGAAAAUUAGACCGGCGGCCGACGGCAGUACCGUUUUGUAAUUUCUCGGGAAUCAGCUGUUUAACAAUGUUAAUGUGAUGAAACAAGAUGAAGUAGUCUAGCCGAGACAUUGUGUGGGCUUCUCUCUCGUUUGGGUGUUUAGAAAGGAGAGAGAUGAGUCUGGGAUACUGAUUGGAGUUGACAAGCCCGCUCCACUACUAGAUCCACUCUUCUUCCACUCCCCCCCACCUCUUUCCCAAACCAGGAAAUCGCCGAGGUGUGCUUCGCUCCCUCUCCCUUGAUAAUAAUUACCCCUUAGUGGGUAGAUAGAUGUGUAUCUCCUCGAUAUCGUCGUUUUUAUUUUCUUUUUUUGCUUUGUAACUCCGUGCUCACAUCUGAAGCCAAAACCCCAGCGGCCAAGAGGAUCUCCAUUCUCGCCUAACAAUGAGUGAGUCGAGCAUCUGUCAGGCGAGGGCCACGGUGAUGAUCUAUGACGAUGCCAAUAAGAAGUGGAUCCCGGCCGGCACGGGGGCCCAGGUCUUCAGCCGGGUCCAGAUCUACCACAACCCCACCACCAACGCCUUCAGAGUGGUGGGCCGCAAGAUGCAGACAGACCAGCAGGUGGUGAUAAACUGUCCGAUUGUGAAGGGGCUGAAAUACAAUCAGGCUACGCCUAACUUCCACCAGUGGCGAGACAACAGGCAGGUGUGGGGGCUCAACUUUGGCAGCAAGGAGGACGCUGCCCUCUUCGCAAAUGGCAUGCUGCACGCACUAGAAGUGCUCAAUGCAAUGUCAGAUGCAGGUUACUCUACACUCCCCCGUCCAGUGUCAAAUGGACCAUCCCCAGAGGAGAUUGAACAGCAGCGAAGGUUGGAACAACAGAGGCUUGAGCAGCAGGAAAGAGAGCGGCAAGAGAGGGAGAGGCAGGAACGAGAGCGACAAGCAGCGGCAGGUACACCACAGGAUACUGUUCCCCCCGCUCCUCCAAUGGCUCCUGGAGGCCCGCCUGCACCUCCUGCUCCUCCGCCCCCUCCAGGGCCUCCUCCUCCAGCCGGGCCACCACCUCCCCCGGGACCCCCUCCGUCAGGGGGAGGGGGACCCCCGCCAGCCCCACCACUGCCAUCCUCAGGAGGUGGGGGAGGAGGCGGCGGCGGUGGCGGCGGAGGCGGUCUUGGAGGAGGAGGAGGCCUGGCAGCCGCCCUGGCUGGAGCCAAACUCCGCAAAGUGCCCAAGGAUGAUGGUGGUGGUGGUGGUGGUGGUGGUGGUGCCGCAGCCAAGCCUGAUGCCAGCCGUAGCAGUGCCUCCCAGCCAUCCGGGGGUGGCCUGAUGGGGGAGAUGAGUGCCAUAUUGGCAAGAAGGCGAAAAGCAGCAGACAAGGGAGAAAAGGCACCCGCAAAGCAAGAUGAGCCCAAUAAUGAUGACUCUGAAUCGCAAGGCCAGAGUGAACCUGUGAGAAGGCCUUGGGAGAAAUCUGCCACUAUGCCCAGGAAUAGCUCCACACCCAGUUGGAAUGCGGACACUGCCUCCUCGACUGCCAGUGUGCCCAGAAUGAAGGCAACAAACAACACAAAUGAAUCAGAGGGUGGUGAAGAGUCUGACAUGGAAAAACUUAAACAGGAGUUACUGGAAGAGGUGAGAAAGGAGCUGCAGAAAGUAAAGGAAGAGAUCAUUGGCGCAUUCAUUCAGGAGUUACAGAAGAGAGGGUCCACAUAGUCUGAUUGCACAGUCACUCUUGUCUGAAUGAAUAGGGGAGGACACUUCUCCCUCCUGUGUAGUCCAGGGAUUAUUUCUAUCUCUUACUUACACAUCUUCCAAGUCAUACAGGCUUACAGACCACACUCAAACACCUGCAUAAGUAUGUACAUACAUACACAUAUACAUAUUCAUAUACAUACACACACCUGUACACACACACACACGCACACACAUAUAAAUAUGUUCAAUACCCAGGGAACUUGCCCACAAUAACGACAACUUAACCCAGGAAUAGGUAAUAAAAUACCCAACUGAUAUGCUACCACCACUCGAGUGUCAACUUCUCCAUCAUUCUCCACACAAACCCAUUUGUUUUUGUUCUCCUUCACACUGCUCAACCUGUGCACCAAUUGUAAAGAACCACUGCUCCAACCCCACAGGGCUAAAUCCUCAAACUCUUUCUCGUUCCAUAGUGUCAUGUCCUUCCUCUCAUACAGACCCAGGCCCUUCUCAAUUGUAGUAUAUUUACCCCUGCCCCGCCCCGCCCCGCCCCUGCCCCGCCCUCUUCCAUUCCAUAAUGUCCCUCCACCACUUCCGACCAGGUCUCCCGAGAGACCGAGGCGUUCAGGGAAUCGCGCAUAUCAGUUCAUCCCAGUUACUGUAAUCACUCACGUGCUGGCAUGUACAUCUGUCCGAAGCUUCUCUGUCCCCAGGCGGCAGCGACCUCAGCACUCUGCCCUCUGAGAGACGUCUCACAGUCGGUCAGUCAGUCGGUGGGUCGGUCAUAUCCUGACAGUACAGCACAGCGGGCGCCUCUGAUACGAGGGCUCUUUCUCUCAGGUUGACCCCCCACAUCAAUGUGAUGGUGUUCCCAGCACUGUGCAAAAGGACACCAGGAGCUCUCACCUUCUUUCAUCUGGGCAGGCAGUGGUGCGCUCUCUCUCUCUCUCUCUCUCUCUCUCUCUCUCUCUCUCUCUCUCUCUCUCUCUCUCUCUCUCUCUCUCUCUCUCUCUCUCUCUCUCUCUCUCUCUCUCUCUCUCUCUCUCUCUCUCUCUCUCUCUCUCUCUCUCUCUCUCUCUCUUGGUGUCCCUCACGCCAUGUCCGACGGAGGGGUGCUGCGGAGCGCACCGGCUGAGGGCCAGGAGAGACAGCAUUGAGAAAAGGGAAUGGUGACUGACAGCUCUGGUUUGGAGCUUGUACAGUGACCACCCAGCCCACUUUAAUGCGCAAACACACCGACACACACACACACACACACACACACACACACACACUUACUUACGCACCUUUCCUGCAUGGCUUGCCAGCAGAAAGGCAGGACAUUGGUGAGAGUAUACCUGUACACGUGUCUGCUCUGUGAGCGCCAUUGCAUUGUCACCUCACCCCUCCGCAACAUAAACACACACCUUUACCCCUAUUCACUCAUUACACCUGUCCCUAACUGUCCUUCACAUAGUUCCAUACAUCAUUUGAGGUAUGUUUUCUUGACUAUACAUUAAGAUAUGAAUACCACAUUGGCCAUGAACCUGUCUGUCUUGUGGCCAUGACAAACUGCCUUGGAAAUACAUAUAAAUAAAUAUAUAUAUAUGAGGUAUAUAUAUAUUUUUGUUUUGAGGGAAAUUGUUAGAUGAUGAAUUGAGAUAAUGUUUCUAUUUUAAUUGAACUGAUUGGUGAAUGGGGAUAUUUUUGGAUGAUUUUUUUUCUGUUUGUUUAAUUUUCUUUUAAGAGAUUGUUAUUUUGGGUUUCCUGUUACCUUUUGUUUCUUUUUUUUUCAAUAGAGUAUAGGCUUUUUACACUGAAAUAUAAAGGAAAUGGCGUAGAGACACUGGAUUAGAAUUGCCUUUAUAGUCAAAUACAGCUGCUUCUUUACUGCA